AUGGCGAAAGGAAGUUACGGGCGCGACAUCUGCAUCCGUUGCGGGGAAGGCGGGGGGGGGAGCAGGUGCGCGCGCAUGAUGAUGAGGAGGGGGAAAUGUUUUGGUUCUGCGCACGCGCAGCAAGGCGGGCCGGCGCUUUGGCGUUCUCUCUCUGGUCCGCGCCUGAGAGUGGGAGGGGAAAGCGGGUUCCUUCGGCUGCGCUGCGCGAGGCGAGCGGCUCAGGUGAGGCAGCGGGGGAGGGGAGGGGGGAAGGUGGGCCGCCCCCCCUUUCCCUUUUCAGCCGUUACGCUCCGAGGCGGGACAGGGAAGUGGCCGUUUCGGGGCCGGGGAGCCUCAUUCCGGCGGAGCAGGUGGGAGGAGGCCCCGCCUCAGGACUGAGGCUGCUGAGGCGUCUCUCCUCCAGCCUCCUUGGUCGGGGGGGGGGUGUCAGCAAUUAACACGUCACGGCCAGGUUUUAAAACUGGCUCUCCCCCCCCCCCAUGAUAGUCCUCCUUGAAAACCGCAGUGACAGGACAAAUGAGCACAAGUUAGGCCCCUUUUCAAAUAAAGCCCUUCCACUCCUCUCCGCGGUUCCGAAGGACCAGGUUUGAAUGCUCUCUUUCCCCCCUCCCACCCCCGAAGAAAUCCUUGCAGGUUAAGAUCAUGGUUAUGAAGGCUUCAGUAGAAGAUGAUGAUUCGGGAUGGGAGCUCAAUAUACCUGAGAAGAUGGAAAAGAGUAACACGAGCUGGAUAGAUAUCACCCAAGACUUUGAGGACUGCUGUAGAGGUAAACUAACACACACACACACACACACACACACACCCGAAAGGUUUUUCUCUGCACAAGUCGAUGCUAUGCCCUCAAAACGUCUAGAGGGCAGAUAUGAUACAGUCUCUGUAACUGAAAGAUAUUGUCGUUGUAAUAUAAAAAAAGGUGGAGUCUGUGUCACAUGAACUCUGCUGCUACUCCUGCUGCCUGCCUCCCUCUCCUUUGAUGGGGAGACGUGCCAGGCGGAAACUUAGUGGAGAGUUGUGGACUUGACUUGGACCAGUUUGAAAAGUCCUUCCCAUUUCCUCCAUCAUUCUCCCACCUUAUGUGCCAACAAUCCACUUUAAUUAGUGGCAGCAGCUGCUUUUUGCCACUUGCUGAGAUUAGGGGGUUGAAGCCCUCUUGGGGGCUGCCAAGAUUUGUUUGUGUGUGUGUACACACACACACACACACACGGAUAGUGGAGAAAUCAGGAUUUCCCUUUUUUCUUGCGCAGCACAGGUCCAGAGGUUAAAAUGGGGCCACUGGCCCAGAGAUUUAAAAAAAAUCAGCCAUGCCAGAUUCUGUUUCAUGCAACCCUCUUUCAAAAAUACUAUACUGUACUUUCUUCUUGGUUAUUCUUAUGAUAGAGGCAUGAAUGGCUUACCUUCCUCUUUUUCUGGGAAGGGCAAUGUUGACACUAGAUGUGUAUGUGCUGGACCUGAGCCCUGAUUUCAAUGAAUUGCUCAGUGUAUUUUGUUAUGAUUCUCUAAAACCCUGGAUUUUAAAGUUAUUUUUGAAAUACUGAUUUCUGCUUAUUUCUCUUCAUCUUUCUACUUAUUUCUCUAAGUUCUGCAGCUCAGUUUAAGGAGACAAUCAGAAGAUUCUACUUUUCUUUUAGAUUAACUGCAGUAUAGUAUGUCUUCCAAAUCCUAAACUAUGGUUAGUGAAAAUAAGCCAGGAUUGAAACUCAUGCUUUGAACUUGGUUUGUUUCCACUAACCAUAUGAAGAUCAACCAUGUAAGUUCAGAUUAUGCAACAAGCUUUGGUAAAGGGCAGUAUAUAAAUGUAAGCCUCAUGUUGCUCACAAAGUAUGGAGAAUGUAUGAGCCAAGGUUGGGGAAAGUUAGCUUGAUGUUUUAAUACUAAACUGUAGCUGAGCAUUAUGUCAAAACCAAUCCAGUUUUUCUUUCUCUUUUAUUAUAUAUAAUAGUUUUUGUGAGUAGUUAUGUAAAGUUUUUGAGUUGUUCUUUUUUAAUUUCCUUGUAGAAUUGAAGUUGGGCGAGUUGCUUCACGACAAACUGUGAGUGAACCAUUAAAAACAAGUUCUCAUGUUUUUUCUCGCAUCUUAAUCUGAAACAAACACAUAGAAGUGUCAUCUACUGAUUUUUGUGGUGCUUACGCUUAAGCAUGUGCUCUUGACAAAUCUGUUAGCUAUUUAAAGAACAUUAAUUAACAUUGUUUUGUGCUAUCAAUCUGAAAACUGUUUAAAGCAACCCAGAGCUUCAGCAUUAUGCACACUUACUUGUUGAGCUCAGGAGGACUUAAUUAUAUAUAAAUACUGUAUAGUCAUACUUGCAGCUAAUAACCUGCUCAGGGAAAAAAGCUGUUUAGGACUGGGGUAUACAGUUCCUAGAUAAACCAGAUUCUUAUGCCUCAGCCACAAACAUGCUUAGUCAAAAAUAACUAUAGGUAGAAUAUUAAUCUCUGGAACUGUUUUAACUGGCCUCUUUCAUAAUUGUUAAUUCUGCUGCUUAGUUAAGUCCUCAAUUUCUUAAAGCUUUGAAACUUUGGGCACAUAACAUAUAUUUGUAAAAGCUUUGUAAAAGUAGAUGAAGAUUGUAAUCAUUCAGAUUAUGGAAAACAAUUAAACUCAUGCUCUAUAUUUGUUACAUUUGUUCACUCUAUUUUUUUCACUGUGGAUAUGACAUUCACAGUAAUUUCAGUCCAUCAUAUAUGUAUUUUAUGCAUGCAUGGAAUGCCUAAGUCCAUUAGCAGAUUUGAUUUCAAUGUAAACUCUGACAUCUGUGGACACAGAUGAAGUCUCCUCCCUGAGAAUGCUAAUUCCUUUACAUCAGUGAUAAGAAACCUCUGUGGCCCUCCAGAUAUUGCUGGGCUACAGUUUCCAUCAUCUCUGACAAUUUGCUGUACUCUUGGGGUUGUUGGGAGCUGGAGUCCAACAACAUCUGUUGGGCAACAAAUUCCUAAUCCCUGUAUCAGGGAAGCACACUUGCCAGUGUCACGGUGAGACUUACUUCUGUGUAGUCAUGAAUAGGAUUGAACUGCUAAGGUAUAUCCAUAGUAAUGAAUAAUCUUACUGCUUCAUUAAUUCUGCAUUUAGCUGGUAGUUUGCUUCUCAGUGUGCCGAAUCUCCCAAUUCCUUCCUUUAAAAUGUUUUUGAAGACUUCAUAUAUACGUUCUGCAUCUUACCAGAGCAUCUUACUUAUUCACUUAAUUUAAGGUGACUACUCACCAGUUGCAUGAUAUGAAUACAUUGCAUAAACUCUUUGAUUUUAUUUCACAGUAUUUGGCAGUUAUGCUUUGAAACAACUUUUGCCUUAUAUAUGAAUUCAUUAGUUCCAGCUUAGGUUUUCUUUUCUGUUUGUGUUGCUCUCCUUAGUUUUGGUCUUUUUGAAGCAAUGUCUGCUAUUGAAAUGAUGGAUCCCAAGAUGGAUGCUGGUAUGAUUGGAAACCAAGUUAAUCGAAAAGUUCUUAACUUUGAACAAGCUAUCAAGGUUGGCACACUUUGCGUUUUUGUCAGCUGCUUGGUGAUUCAUGAAAAUGAUUAUCAUCAUUUAAUGAACUCUAAUAUGCUAAACUUCAAAUUUAAAGCAGUGUGUAAUUUCAGAUCUACAUGAGUGUAGAACAGCUCUGUUCCACUAUUAUUAUAUCCGCCUUUUUCUUCAACAGGGUCUAAAAGCAGCUUAGUACUAAAAUAGAUACAGUGUAAAACAUAGGGGAUGGGAAGCAAUAAUUAAAAAACAAUUAAACAUCAACUCACUCUGUGUGUGUGUGUGUUUUGAUGAUGUAUUAAAACAUACAGCCAUUACAAUAAAACUAUGCAUGGAGGAGAGGUUCUAAGGGAGAAGGCAGAGAGGACUGUAUGGUGUUCGAUACAUGACUCUUGUUCCAUCACACAGCACUACAAACUCAACAUAAAGCUGCACACUGCUUCUAGAGUCUCACUUCCAUUUAUGCACAUCACUUUCGCCUCCCUGCCCCCAUACAGGUGCUUUUUUUGGUAGGCUGAUGAAAUUUAAUUUGCCAAUGAUGGAAAUUCAUGCGCGCACUCUCUCUUUUUUAGGAUGGUACCAUUAAAAUUAAAGAUUUAUCAUUACCUGAGUUGAUAGGGAUCAUGGACACUUGUUUUUGCUGCUUGGUAAGAAUAUUAUGUUUUUAUGUUUGAUUAGUAUGAGUAACAGUAUUCCAGGAGUGUUUUGAUAGAAGUUCCCAGUCAAGUUACUAGUUAGAACAGCUUAUCAAUUUUAACUCUAUGGAGUUUCUGGAGAUGCAGUUCUAAACACAACUACUAGAUUUCUAUUAAUGUGGGUGGGAUUACUUCUGAGUAAACAUGUAUAGGAGUGCACUUUGAAUUAGGGUCCAGAUUAAAGCUAUGGUAUAUUUCCUCCAAACAAAUAAUUUUUAAAACAUGGCUCAGUUUGUAUAAUCAAACCUCUGACAAAAUGAAAAAUGUACAGUAUUACAUUUCAUCCUCCCAGAUUUUGUUUCCUUUGCAGAAAUAAAUUUAUAAAUGUAAACUAACAUUGGGUAAAAUCCAGCCAUCCAUCGCCCACUAUGCUAGUGCAUCCUAUGGAGGGGAAGAUGAAUUUCAAGGCCAGGUAGAUUGCAACCCUUACUGGUGCUCUUGUAGUGAAUAAGGCUGUGUUUGGAGAUCUGAGCUAUUUGGCCCUGGUCUGUCUGCCAUGCCACAGCCUCCUACAUACAAGUGCCCUGAUAAGAGUAGUGACAAUCUUGCAGCUGCACUAGUCCUGAAUAAACAUCCCCUGCACAGAUCCUGACUGAUGUCUAGAUGCUUUCCUGUAGGACAUGGUAGUGUGUCCGUUGUUGGGCCAAGCUUAGUGUGCUGUUUUAUACCUCGAGCAUAUGUGAAAGAGGAAGUGGAAGGUCACUGUACCUGACUUCCUUUGGAUUGCGGUUUUCUGAUAGCAGCUCUGACGGAGUUUCUGCUUUAAGGCCCAGCUUAUUGUGGAGUUUUAUACCUGGUGAAAAUGUGGUAGAGCAAGUUGGAAGGUCAGUGGGCCUGAAGUCCUUAAGAAUUAAUGCCAUUUGCUGGUGGCAUCUCUUAUGUUGCCACUCAAAGUUCAUUUGUGCAUGAAGUUUCUACUCCCUACCUUCUAUGACUUUGCCUAGGAUUCCAGAUUGUGUCCAUGAGCCUUACUACUUUAUAGAACCUAUUUGGUGCCCAAUAUUCACUGAAGUAUAAUGGAUGUAAAACACAUUAAUGACGUAAAUCAGAGCAUCUUUGUUUUUUCAUGCGGUCUGUAGAAUGGAGUAGGCAAUAUUCAAAGCAACAUUUUCCCACCUCUUUUGGAUCGUGGAAUUGAAGUUAAAUAUUCAGUUACUCUUUAGUGAAAAAAAUAUGAAUUGAGUAACAAAAUUGGUCUCCUGCCCUUUUCAUUCUGUAAGCUUGAUUUCUUUUUCAGAUUACAUGGUUGGAAGGUCAUUCUUUGGCACAGACAGUAUUCACUUGCCUUUAUAUUCAUAAUCCAGACUUUAUAGAAGAUCCUGCCAUGAAGGCAUUUGCUCUGGGGAUCCUCAAAAUCUGUGAUAUUGCUAGAGAAAAAGUAAACAAAGCUGCAGUAUUUGAAGAGGUAAGUCGUUGUUCAGCUGAUGAUUUCUUCUACCCAUUAUUAGUAAAUACAACUUGCCUUGUAUAACUUUUUUUAGUUUGCUGCUGUCUUCCAAUUGUAGUUUCUGGUUUUAAACUCAUAACUAGUUCUUUAUUUAAUAAUUCUUUAUUUCAUAAAAAAUUACAUACCUUUCGACUGGUUUUUUCAAAUCUCAUCGUGGCUUACAAAAAGAAUAAACAAUGAAAUUAUCAUUAAAAAUUGCGUGGGAAACUGAUUUGUUAAACAGCUUCAUGGGCAGCAGUGUUUUGUAACACUAUGUCAAGGAUAGGCAACAUGAUACCUUCCAGAUGUUAUGGACUACAAGCCCCAGCAUCCCUGACUAUUAGCCAUCCUGGAGUCUGUAGUCCAGAACAUCUGGAAGGACACUAGACUGCCUAUACAUCAGCUAUAUUAUUAUUUCAGGAAAUUAUAUACAGCCUACAAUAGUUAUCUUUGUUCCCCAGUACUUUGAUGGAAUGAUGAUUUAACAUUUUAUGUUGCAUUUUACACAUCUUGCAUUUUUUAAGAGCAGUCUACUGAAAUUAUCUGUAGGCAUAGCUUCCACCUAAAGCUAGAGCCAGAUUUUCAGUGCUUUGUGCAUAAAGUUAUGAAGGAAGCUGUUGUUGGUAGAUACACUUUGAUUGUAGCACUUAAUUUUUCUUUUGUGUGUUUAGGAAGAUUUUCAGUCUAUGACGUAUGGAUUUAAAAUGGCGAAUAGUGUGACAGAUCUUCGCGUUACAGGUAAGAGCUGAAACAAUUCGGUCCUUUUUCUGGGAAGAAAGUUGUGCUUCAUAGGUUUUAAAGGAUAAGAUUCUAGUCCUAUGCACAGUUACCUAGGAUCCAGUUCCAUUGAGCUCCAUUGAACUUUGACACAAGUACUAAUGCUCAGUCAUUAUGCACAGAUUGUACGGUCAAGAAAUUAGCUGUAUUGAGAUGGUCCUCCAAAUGUCUUAUCAAAGCCAAGCUUGCCAUUAUGUCCGAUCUUGGUUUGGAUUAUUUGAAAUACAAUGCCUUCAGAAUAAGAAUGCUGUCAUUAAAUUAGUGAAGGCAAAUCAAAAUAAUAGAUUUAGGGUUCUGAAUUUUAAGAUUUUAAGGGCUAAGGAACCUAUGGCCUUCCAAAUGUUGUUGGGUUGCAGCUCUGGCCAUCAUUCUUAAUAGUGGGGGGGGGGGCUGAUCAAAGUUGUGCUUCAACAACAUCUGGAGGGACACAGGUACCCCCUCCCUGAUUUCGUUAGAAUGACUGUUGCAUGUAGUAUGGAAAUAUUCACUUAGAUACACAAAGGAGUCUGCCAAGUGGCAUUUAUGCUUCUAAACUGAAUUACUUUUUUCCAGGUAUGUUGAAGGAUGUUGAGGAUGACAUGCAACGGCGAGUUAAGGUACAUUUCUUUUAUUUCCCCCCCCCCAAUUUUUUAUUUUAUAUAGAAAUUUGUAGCACAGUUAAUGCAAUCUAAAUAUAGCCCCAAAGUGGUAAAGAGUACAAUCAAAUGCAGCUAAUAUAAAACACAGAAUCACAAACUUCAAGCUGUAGUUGCUGACUCUUAGUAGAUCUGCAAUAUGAUGUAACAAUCUGGUGGCUCUUCAUAAAUUCUGUCAUAACAAAACGUGUCUUAGGUUCUGUCACCAGGCAGUAUUUAUAAAUAUAGGCCAAGUUCGAGCACCUGAGAAGGAGAUCAUGGUGGCUUCGCUCCUUCAUGGUUGUUUUGCUGAUCUAAGCCAUUGUUUUGCUUAUUGUGUUGUCUGAACCAAUCUUUAUCUUAUGACUUGUCUUAGUGAAUGAGGACAUAGAGUGCUCUCAUCUAAACAGAUUACUAGGGAGGGAUUUUUAAUGGAAGACUUUAUAAACUACUUAAUCCAAAAAUUUCUAAGCAGUGUGUAUAGAUAGAAUCAGCAGAAUCUGAAAAGUGAAAUUUGUACUUCACUUAAUAUCUAAUUAAAUUGUUUCUAAUGUGUGUUAUUGUAGAGCACUCGAAGUCGACAAGGGGAAGAGAGAGAUCCAGAAGUAGAACUUGAAGUAAGGAUGGUUGCAUACUAUUACAGAGUGUAAAAAGGUUACUUGAGCAACUUCUAGUGACCUAGAAUAUGCUCUAAAAUAAAAUAUUUCUCAAGAAACUACAAGGAAUUAUGCAAAAAGACCAAUCACAUGGGUGUUUAUUUUUGUUUUGUUUUUUUACUGGGCUCGAAUUGCGCACCAAAUUAUCUAGUAUCUAAAUAUACAUUAAUCACAUAAAAUGCAAUAAUUUAAUCUUAUCAGUAGUAAAGUCCCAGCAAAACAAUGGUUAUUGGAAAACAACUUUUGUAUAUACGAGGAGUAAAUGUGCUUGUAGCAUUUCGUCUAAACGUUAUUUUUCUGGAAAUUUGGAAAUCAUUAAUUUUGGGAUUUAUUUUUCUCCCCUAUAGCAUCAACAGUGCUUUGCAGUAUUCAGCAGAGUGAAGUUCACCCGAGUAUUACUGACUGUAUUAAUAGCUUUUACCAAAAAAGAGGUAUGAUUGCUACAGAGUAUUGCUGCUUCAAGUGUUAAAGGCAGAUGGGUAUGUGAAGCCUCGCUUUUCAGUGGCCCCCUAUGGCUGAAUAAAGCUGCUGAGGCCAAAUAAUGGUUGUGCUGGACAGGAGGCUGCUGUCUUCAUGUCCUGCUUAUGAGCAUGCAAGGGGCAGGAUGAUGGACAAGAUGUCCCCUUCAUCUGUACCAGUAGCUGUUUUAUGCCACACUAAUGAAGCCUUUAGGAUUACUAUCAAUUGCAGCAUGUAUAAAACAGAAGCAUAGCUUUAGAGAUAAACCUUUACAAUUAUCUAACAUAUAUAACAUUUUUGUUGCAUAAUUUUAUUGCUUUGUUACUAGACCAUAUGGUAGACAUUUAUCUGUUGCUCUUGAAAUACUGGUGUUAUUUUAUUGCCUAGUGUCAUUCACAGAGAUUUUUAAAUUGUUUUUUUUAAGACUAGUGCAGUUGCAGAAGCUCAGAAGUUGAUGACUCAGGCAGCUGACUUGCUUUCUGCUAUCCACAAUUCAUUACACCAUGGCAUUCAGGCUCAGAAUGACACAACCAAAGGAGGUAAGCAAUUAUCUUCAGAAGUGUUCUCUGCCUUUGUUCUCUGUUGAGGUAUAAAACCACUCAGUGACCUGUUGCUACUCUCAUCUAGGUUGAUCUUUUGUCUUGACUUUACCUUCUAGUUAUUCAAUCAGAGAUUUUUUUUACUGAACAUCCUUCAUAAUAUGUGGUUGUUCAGCUGAUGCAGUCUUGUUCACAGAUUCAGAACUCUUGUCCACAGAAUGUAAAAGGUUGCAAAAUUCUGUGGAUUAAGAAUUAUUCAGGCAGCUUCCCAUCUUGUAAAUCUCCAAAACCCACUCUAAAUGAAUGGGUAUUGGAGCUAUUUCAAGAAGGAGAAGGAGCUAGUUCACAUGUCAUUAGGGAGGUUAUUCUAGUGCAAGGUUGUGGAAGCUUUUUAGCCCAGUGGGUCAGAUUGUUAUCUCUUGUGGGCCAAGUGGGCCAGAGCUGCCCCCCAAUCAAUCAUCUGUUGGCGCUAGGAUGACAGGUGAUCUAUAUUGCUUUUCUUCAGAAGCUCCUUUCAAAGCACUAUUUUGCUCAGCAAUUUGAAAAGGGCUUUUCAGGCACCACUGAUUUGCAGUACAAACACCCCAUCUGCUGAACCAGGUUUUAAACUGCCCCACCCCCCAGAUGCUUGCCCUCUGCGCACAGGUGGGGUGUGGCAGAGCUUUUGUGGGUAUAGGCCAAGUUGGCAGCAAUCUUUUACCCCAUUUGCCGUCUGGAUGUUAUUGAAUGAUGCUAUACCAUGCUUGAUGGCAUGGACGUCCCAUGAUACAGUCAGAGAUUUGCAUAGGUGCUGUGAAAAAGCAAUCAGCUGGCUCUCAUUGAUAACAUUUCUCUAGCUGUGAUUUGAUACGUGUGAAUCAGUACAAGGUUGUUUCUCAGAGCACCCGACUGAUGAGUCAUAGUGGGCUAUGGCCCUCUUAAAAACUCAUGGCCAAAAUCCAGUCACGUUGCAUGUAGCUCUGAGACAGCGUCAUCCGCACAAAGUAAAGUAUACAUUAAUACACAUAAAAUGGUUUCCCUCCUGAGAAGAAAAAUGCACAGUCAUAAAUCAUAGUCACUUAUUGAUAUAUUCGGUUUUUUGCAGGUACACUACUGCUCAAAGCAGUUUGCAAAAAAAAAGAAGAAUCUGUCUAAAUACAACAGUACAAAUAAUCAUAAUAUCAAUUACAAUGCCACUAACAAAACUAAAUUACCUUGAGCAUAUUGUUUUUCUAAUAGUCAUUUUAAAUUGCUUAAUUGACAAGAAGAAAUUGCUUAAUAUUUUGAAUGCCUUGUUUCCCCCCACACACACCCUAAUUUUUCCCCCUGGCUGAAGUAGCUAGUGUAUGAUACAGCACUUAGUUGGGAUUGAGAAUAGUAAUUGGACAUUUGUCUUUCUUUUUUUAAUAGAUCAUCCUAUUAUGAUGGGUUUUGAACCCCUUGUUAAUCAGAGAUUGCUUCCUCCAACUUUUCCUCGAUAUGCAAAAAUUAUUAAAAGGGAAGAAAUGGUCAACUAUUUUUCAAAACUUAUAGACCGAAUAAAAACUGUCUGUGAAGUUGUCAAUUUAACUAAUUUGCACUGCAUACUGGUAAGUAUCAACACUGUUAGCUUUUUGUUCAUAGGGACAUAAGAGAAUGUUACUUGAAUAGCUCCCGGCACUUGUGCACAAAUAUCUGCAUACUUUUUCUUUGAUUUUACUUCUUGUUGUUUCACAUGCGGAAUAAAUGUAGAAGAAACUUAGACUAUAAAACUUUGAUGAAAACUAGGGAGAGAAACUAGGGUGUGAAAACGGGGGUGAAGGCAGACAUAAGCAUUUCUUCUCACAGAAGACAAGUUUUUGCUGAUUUCCCCACCACCACCCAUGGCAGUCCACCUCGUUAUAUUUGUUAUACAAAUCCCCCCAUAACCCUCAGCAGGAGCUUUUCAAGGGGUGCAGGGAGUGUGGCUGCAGUAUGUAGAAAGGAUCUGUGACAACGAUGUUGGGAAUCUGAGGUGAGAUGCCCAUGCAAUGGAAGUUGCCCUCAGUGCCAGUAAUCAUACAGAAGUUGCUUAAGGUCCAAAAUAGUUUACAGCUGCAGAAGAUAAAGCUUCAGUAAUAUAGUUCUGAACACUGAUACAGUCAUACCUCGGGUUACAGACGCUUCAGGUUGCGUUUUUUCAGGUUACGGACCGCCGAAACCCAGAAGUACCGGAACAGGUUACUUCCAGGUUUUGGCGGUCGCGGAUGCACAGAAGUAUUAAAUUGCGCUUUGCACAGAAGCGCCAAAUUGCAACCAAUGCGUGCGCAGACGCGCCGUUGCGGGUUGCGAACGCUGCGGGUUGUGAACGUGCACCCCGCACGGAUCACGUUCGCAACCCAAGUGUCCACUGUAUAUUCAUAUAGCUAGUAGUAGUAGUAGUAGUAGUAGUAGUAAUAAUAAUAAUAAUAAUAAUAAUAAUAUAAUAUAAUUUUAUUUAUAUCCCGCCCAUCUAGCUGAGUCUCCCCAGCCACCCUGGGCAGCUCCCAAUCAAGUGUAAAAAACAAUAAAGCAUUAAAUAUUAAAAACUUCCUUAAACAGGGCUGCCUUCAGAUGUCUUUUAAAAAUAGGAUAGCUGCUUAUUUCCUUGACAUCUGGUGGGAGGGCGUUCCACAGGGCGGGCGCCACUACCGAGAAGGCCCUCUGUCUGGUUCCCUGUAACCUCACUUCUCACAAUAAGGGAACCGCCAGAAGGCCCUUGGCGCUGGAUCUCAGUGUCCGGGCUGAAAAAUGGGGGUGGAGAUGCUCCUUCAGGUAUUUGCAGAUACAGAUAUAUACAAGUUCAAAGUAUUUAUGUUGCUCCAGCAAUUCAAGAUGUAACACAGACUUCACCUCAGUUCUCAUGGUUGACCCUGACACACUAGGAUAGACUCCAAUGCAGACAGCACAAGACCCCAGAUACAAUGAGCUGAGGCCAGCACUGGGCCAUUGUCACAGCAACUAGCUUGGCUGACCUUGGACCUGUUGGCUUAUCUUAUAUGUGGGGUGAUUUGUGCUCAUAAAGGAAAUUAAGCCCUUCCUCCAUGUCCAGUUCCUCCAACAAACUGGGUGUCCAGUCUUGCACAGGCAGAAGUGCUUCCACUGGCUACAACCCUACAGUUAAUGCAGAACUCAGGGAAGUUUUUAUUUUUCUUCUCAUUCUAUCUGCCAAAAAUUUCUCCAUACCAAAUGGAGAUAGUAAAACUCACCCAACUCUCUCUAUGUCUUAGAGAACCAAUACCCUCUCCCUUUCAACAUUUUAAUGGUAUCUGCAUCAGCAAAGUGGUCAAGGAGUAGACAAACAAAUCGAAUUAUUGGCAUUUAGGAGGUUAUUGUGGAGAGUCCUGUCUAAUGGACUCAUGUGUUCACUGCAAAGCUGAUUUUUAUUUCUUCGUGGUGUAAAUCAUUGUGUUAUGCUAAUCAUAAUUUUCCCCAUUCUGUUUAUAAAUUAGGAUUUUUUCUGUGAAUUUAGUGAACAAUCACCUUGCGUUCUUUCAAGAUCAUUGUUACAGGCAAGUAGAAAAUGACGUAUACAGAAAAUACAUUUUAGGUGUGUCAAGUCACUGUGUGAAGUAACAAAUGUAUUGUUUGUUGCAGACUACUUUUCUUGUGGAUAACAAAAAGGUAUUUGGUACUCAUCUCAUGCAAGAUAUGGUGAAAGAUGCCCUGCGAUCUUUUGUCAGUCCUCCAGUACUUUCACCUAAGUGAGUAACAAAAUCUAGUUUUGAUAUUAUAUGCAUGUUUACCUCAUGUCUCAUUAUUUAACAAAAUCACACUGCAUCUGACUAGAUUCAGUUAAAUGAAAAUUGUUCAUGCUUUGGGACCUAUACAAGGCAAUUCUUUGCAGGCUGUGAUACCAGAAUGUGACUUAGAUGCUACCUUCUACUGCAUUGUAACUCUGUACGUGAAUAAUGGCCAAUCAUUUGCCUCUCCUUGAAUGUCUGUAAGUAGGCCAAAAGGAGGUGAUAUUUAUCUUCCUCAUCAGGCAGUCCAGCAUGACUGCAGUUGUUCCCAUGUGACGCCAAACUUUUAAAGAGGAACACAAAAAUGUUAGAUGUAAAUCUGCAAGGAACACUUAGAACCUAAAAUAAGUUUAUCUAUUUUCCCAUUCAGGAUCAUGCAGCUUUUUAUACUAUCAGCUACUUCAUAAGAACAGAGUCCCUAAUGAACACAAUCUCUCACUAGUUUUCAAUGCUUUUGGUUUACACAUCCCCUUAGAAACAGUUCUGAGAUCAAUAUGGCACAGCCAUAUUCAGGAUGAUAAGCCAAGCCCUUGAUUUUACAACACUGCAGGAUUUUCACUUAGAACAAUUUUGUCCCUUCUCUCUUAGAUGUUGUCUAUAUAAUAACCACCAGGCUAAGGACUACAUUGACUCCUUUGUCACGCACUGUGUUCGAGUGAGUAUUGAUGGCAUUACAGAAUAUUUAAACACUUAUGCACAUUAAGUAUAAAAGAUGGUAUAUUUUCAUGUAAAAAGAGGACUGUUGGACCAAAUGUUCAUCUAGUCCAUCAUUCUGUUCCUACAAUGGCCAACUAGAUGCCUAUGAGGAGCCCACAAACAGGAGGACAGGACUACACUCUCGCUUGCAUUCCCCAGCCAUUGGCAUUUGGGUGCAGGCUGCUUCUGCUCUGAGAGGUAGUGCAUGACUACCAUGACCAGUAGCCUUUGAUGGCCUUAAGUGCCAUGCAUUGUCUAGUCCCCUUUUUAAGCCUUCCAAGUUGGUAGCCGUUGCUGCAUCUUGUCAUAGGGAAUCCCAUAGCCUAUGCGCUGUGUAAAGAAGUACAGUGGUACAGUGCGGAUGGGAUCCAUCUGGAGCUCCGGUCAGAUCCCGAGGUUUCCACAACCGGAGGGACCGCUUCUGCGCAUGCACGCGCGGCGAAACGCUUCCAGGUUUGCCGCUUUUGCAACCCGAAGUUUACAUUAUCCGAGGGUAACGUAAACCAAGAUGCUACUGUCCUUCCCUGGUCAUUCCUGAAUCCCUUCUGUGCCACUGGGGGUUGAUAUUAUGACAGAGGGAGAAAAACGUCUACGUGAGGACCAUGAUUUAUAAUAUAACUCCUUGGGAAAGGAGGAAGCCCAGCCUGAAGUUUUGGUUUCAGUAAGUUUGUUUUUUGUCCCCAUGGCAGAAGUAAAUGGAGAAAUUCUGGAUUUUACUGUAGCUGUGAUUGCGUAGCAAGUGUCGCCUGCCCCCAGCACAGAUUACUCUCCUCUUCCUCGAGUUCCUUCAGUUUAUCUGCCUGUAGGAAUUGAAGUUACUUACACUUUGCAAGCUGGGAUGAAGCAGUUGAGGCAGCAAAAGAUAAAGUACAGCGAUAGUUUGGAUGGGCAUUCUAAGUCACCUCAACUUGUUUUUGUGUAAAACAGACCUACCUCAGUCGAUGCUUCCCCUGCAAGCAGCAUCUCAUUGGGUCCUCAGGCACCUGAUUAGGCUUUAGCACUCCACCCCACCCCACCCCCAAAUUGCAAGGUUCUAUGGGAAAAUAUAGUAUCUAUGAAGCAGAACUCUUAAGGGUGCAGAGAUCUCUGUGAUGGAGACCUUAAAAUACUUAGGAAAUGUUCAGAACAUUAUCGCCUACUCUUCCUCCACCCCCAAUAAAUAGAAAAGAAAGAGGACUGACUCCUCAUCCUUCUGAAGGCUCCUUCUCCCUCUUUACAGACCGUCCCUUAAUGCCUGCUAAGGGCGCUGGGACCCUUGCUAUUCCUGCCCCAUGGAGGAUUAGAAGAAAGAGCUAUUGGGGUGAGAUCAACCUUUAGAAGCAAGCUUUGUCCUUGUUCGAUGAUGGAUAGAAUGUUAACGUUUUAAAAGGCGUGGAGAGAUCUAAGCAGAGGUUUCCAUAAUCUGCAUGCUGAAGAGCAAUCCUAACACAAACGUUGAGCCUCCAGCUUUUACCAUGAUAAGGCGCUGGUAGCAAGCUUUUAUUUUGUUACUGCAUCAUUCUACUGAAUCAGUGAAGUUAAAUAUCAGGCAGCGGGGGAUAAGAAACUGGCACCCACCUUAAUCAAGAUGUCACUAGUAGCAAUAUCUAUCACAAAGCUUACAACUGGCUCAGACUCUGAAUCACUGAUCCCCUCAUCUCUUACUGUCUUUGGUGAACCUCCCAACAGCUAAUCAUGGACCUGUCAGAGAAAAAGAAAAAGUUUCUGCCAAAUCCUACUUUUUAUCCCUGUGAUUUCUUUGCUAAGACACGUGCAGAAGUUGUACCGAGUGUGUCCAGUUGCAUCUAAAGCAUCGUCUUUGAAAUGAGUGGCAUCUUUCUACACCUGUUUGUUUUAGCAAUAUGCAGGAUGUGUUUGGCUCUGUGUUGUCCAACCAGCACAUAGACUCAGAUAAAUAGCACCCUGACUGCCUUAAGUCAGCACUGCAAUUGAGCCCAGAACUCAGCCAGGUUUCCUUUGUUGGUGUUUCAAAAGGGCCAAGUUGGGCACUGAUGGGCACAACAAAGUGUCAGGCUACCUCUAGUUAACUUAAGGAACAGCCUUAUGAUGUGUAAUGCAAAUAAAGUCUAGGGUGUGAAAAUGAAGUAUACAAGACUAAAAAUUCACCAGAUUUUCUUUUUUUCCAGCCAUUCUGUAGUUUGAUUCAGAUUCAUGGGCACAACAGGGCUCGUCAGAGAGAUAAACUUGGCCACAUUCUUGAGGAAUUUGCUACUUUGCAAGAUGAGGUAAUUCAAAGGGAGACACAAUACUGUACAGAGCAUAAGAUCAUGAACAGUGCUUUGUGUUUUCUAUCCUUCCCCCACAACAGCUCUUGUAACGGUCAAAUGUGUAAGCUGUGCAGUCAGCAUUAGAACUUUGGACAGAGUUUCUAAUGGCCAAGCCUAUCUGCUGCUGCUAUUCCUUCCUCGUGCCUCCAAGACCCCAUUUGCAGGCUUGCUUUCUUGUACUUUCCUUGCUGUUUCAAAAAGCACUUAAAUUUAAUCCAAAUUUCAUUGUCCAUGAAUAUUUACCUUUAACUUUGGGGGGAAAUAUUUUUUUCUUUACACAUGGCCAUACUAUGUUUUAUUGAUGAGUGCUUUAUCUCCUUAAUAUGAUGUGGCAUAACAAAGUACACAGGUGUAUUAAAGUAGAGAAUAUGCACUGGGAUUAGUGAAAGGAAAAGCAUUCCACAGUGGGGAAAUGUUGAUUAUAGUGGUUAAGAAAUGUCUAGGUUACACAAAAAAAUUAAUGUGCCUAAGAAGCAAAUUUCUGGGGUGUGACAUCCUCUGGGAAACAGAGUGCUUAAUUUAAUACAAAUUAGAAUAUUUUGAGCAUGACCUACUACUCCUUUGAACACUUCUUCAAUUUUGCUGUUUCAAGUAUAUGACAUUCUUGUUAUCUGGCUUCCAGCUCUGGAUCUGGAAUGUGACUGCGGGCAUAAAUCAUGACUCUUGUCAAUAUUGUUUGGCAAUUUACAGACGUGAUACUUAACGCCACUUCUUUCAACUUGUUAGGCAGAAAAAGUGGACGCAGCGCUUCACAGUAUGCUGCUGAAACAAGAACCCCAAAGGCAACACUUGGCCUGCUUGGGCACCUGGGUCCUUUACCAUAACCUUCGCAUCAUGAUACAGUAUCUUCUGAGUGGGUUUGAACUGGAACUCUACAGUAUGCACGAAUACUACUACAUAUAUUGGUAAGAGGAACAAAUUACCGUAUUUUUCGCUCUAUAAGGCACACCGGACCAUAGGGCGCACCUAGUUUUUAGAGGGGGAAAUCAAGAAAAAAACUCUUAUUUCCCCCCCCCCCCGCCCCAAAGAGCAGCGUACAGGCUGCGCGCAACCUCUCCCUGCCGGAGGGGUUGCGCAUGGCUAUGGCACAAGCCAAGACAGCGAGCGGGAUGGAUAUGGAUCCCGCUCACUAUUUUGGCUUCCUUUUUAGCCGUGCGCUACCUUUCCCUGCCAGAGGGGUUGCACACAGCUAUGGCACAAGCGAAGACAGCGGGCGGGAUCCAUCCCGCUCGCUGUCUUGGCUUGUGCCUUAGCCAUACGCAACCCCUACGGCAGGGAGAGGCUGCGCGGGGCUAAAGAAGCCAUAGCCGCGUGCAGCCUCUCCCUGCCAGAGGGGCUGCGCACGGCUAUCCCUGAAGCCUUCCGAGCGCAGCGCAAGUUCCCACUGCGCUCCUCAGGCUUCGGGUUCCUUUUGCUGAAGCCGGGAGAGCAAGACACACCUGGCUUCAGCGAAAGGAACCUGAAGCCUUCAGAAUGCAGCGCUGUGCUCCGAAGGCUUCAGGCGGCUAUCCAUGAAGCCUGGAGAGUGAGAGGGGUCGGUGCACACCAACGCCUCUCGCUCUCCAGGCUUCAGUGAAAGCAACGUGAAGCCUCCAGAGCGCGGACGGAGCGCUCCCUCUGUGCUUCGGAGGCUUCGCGUUGCUAUCGCUGAAGCCAAGCAGCCUGCAUUCACUCCAUAGGACGCACACACAUUUCCCCUUAAUUUUUGGAGGGGGAAAAGUGCGUCCUAUAGAGCGAAAAAUACGGUACUUGGGAGCAGGGAGGAGAUAUUGUUGUCAAUAAAAUACAAUGUAUUCUGUAGCAGAAUAGGCAGUGCGGCAUAAGUGCAUUCUUUGAACUGCUAUUUAUACUGCACAAGAUUUGCAAGAAUUUACUAUAGAUUGCAAGGAUGUUUGUUGUAGGGCUGGGCAAUAUCUGGUUUUCAACAUUGUGAUAUAUCGUCAGGUAACUACAACAAUACGCUGAUGUAUCACGAUGUUUGAAAUGCAUCUCAUCAGCUUCUUCCUCCCCGCCUUACAGUAGGAAGAAGCAGCCAAGAUACAUCGCCCAGCCAAGCCCCAAUACCUCUCCAACUUGUGUGCAAGCCAGAGGGACAUUUUUAAACUGCUCAGCUGAGGCAUGGAAGCCUUUCUGUGCCUCAGUUGCACUAGUAGUGUGAUAGCUAGAGGAAAGAUCCUGCUCUGUGCCUGCUUUGUGGUUUGCUGCCCCCUGCAGGAGGCAGAGGAGAGCUGGACCGGUUAACAGACAAGCGCAUUCUCUGGCUUCAAGCAGUUUAUUGUCAGGGCAAAUAUUUUGAACUGGUUUAUCACAAUGUGGACUCAAAACUAGUUUUCAACAAUCUGUCACCAUAUUGCCGAGGCCUGGUGUGUUGCUUAUACUGAAAACCUGUUUUUGUAUUUAAGGCGUUUAUAGUGGUGCUCUUCAGCUACUCAAGAAUGUGGUCUUGGCCAUCCCAGAAACGUAACCAAACUUCGCCUAAAUUUUGUCCUGUUUUCUGCUGUAGGUAUCUCUCUGAGUUUCUCUAUGCAUGGCUAAUGUCAACUCUCAGUCGUGCUGAUAGCUCUCAAAUGGCAGAAGAAAGAAUAAUGGAAGAGCAGCAGAAAGGCCGGAGUAAUAAAAAAACCAAGAAAAAGAAAAAAGGUAUAGCUGCUUUUCAAAUACCUUGCAAGCUGGUUUUUAUCACAUCUUAUCUUUCUGUUAGAACACUUGAAAUUGAUGGUUUUCCUGUGUUCAGCCAUCUAAAUAAGGUUCAAUAGGUAUUUCACUUAUCUUCAUAUAGUAUGAGUCUAAUGUUUGUUGUUAACAAUUUUAAAAUGUAGAUUCAUAAGACUGUUAUCUGUGACUGAAUAAUGAAACUGAAUGAUGAAAUUGAAUAUAACUAUUUAUAGUUACUUUCCAAAAUUGGUAACCACUGAAUAAAGUGUUUUAUUCUCUGUAGUCUAGGGAUUACGGAACUAGAUCUUGCCAGUAGGCCAGAUCCUAUAUCCCCUACUAUCCAAUCCCCAGGUCAGAUUUGGCAAGUGCGUGGGGAAGUCCAUCUGUUAAUCACCUGACAUCCCCAGUGAUUGAAACCUUACUAAUUGGCUGAACAUUGGCACUUCACUUUUAUUGUUGGGUAAUAAAACUCCUAAUUCAUCUAUUUAUCAUCCUAUUUUAGUUCUUUAUACAGCAACAGUGAUUCCCCCUCCCCAAGUUCUUCUGCCCCUGAGCAGUCAAAGCAUGAUUUUUGUUAUGGCUACAUGAAUCUUGUAGUUAAUUUUGGGUUUUGCAGGGUAGUAGGUCUGUCACUUGCAAAAACUGCCGUAGUUGUUUACAUCCUGCAUUUUUUAAUUCUGGUGAAAUCAACAUUACAUGGUAAAAUAUUUCUGUAUAUGACAUUUGCAGCUCGUCCUCUGAGCAGAGAGAUCACCAUGAGCCAAGCCUAUCAAAACAUGUGUGCUGGAAUGUAUAAGGUGAGUGAUGUAUUGUGGAUUGUGAUUGUAAAUAUAACUUUUUUUAAAAAAAAUGAAAUUUGGAUACUUUUCAGAAUUAAGGCAAGAAAACUGUACUUGAACACUCCUAAAUGACUGCAUGUUUUCCUAAGUAAUGCUAUGUGUAGGAACAGUGCAAACAUAGCUUAACUAUGAAACAAUUUCAGUUGUUGGCUGAAUUGGAUCCCAGACUAGUUAAUAUCAUUCUUUCAGCUCAAAAGCUAGUUAUGGGUUGGGCUUGGCAGGGGAAUUUCUGGUGCUGGGAGGGAGAGAGCAUGUGAUCCUAUAGUUUAAGAAUGAGCAGUGUUAUGUCUGCAUUCCGUGACACUUUUCCAAAUGAGUUAGUGUGUGGAUAGAACUAUAGUCAGCAUAUUGUGGUGUUAAAAACAAAGAUUAUGAUCCAAAGAAACUGUGCUUGUCCUCAAUUAAGAUGGGAUGCAUUUUAUAUGCCAGAUAGUACCUAAGGAAAUGUUGGCAUUCUUUUUGUUUUGUUAUGACAAAGCAGAACUAGCACACACAGAUUUCUUCCGUACAAGUUGUAUCAGAAGUUCCUCUCCUUAAUACUGCCAAAUUUGUCGCUAAGGUGUGAGGCUACUGGAAUCAGUUUGGCAGAUUAGUAAAUACUUUUCAGUUGUAACACCCCUUUCAAGAGACCAAUGAGUGGAAACCAUAUGUGUCAUGUUUCAUUGCGUUGCAGCUACAUUUAUUUUUCCUCUGGCAUCUUUCUGGAGUCACUUGUCUCUGUAUGUGCACCAGUGCUUCUGUUGCUGAUACAGUGGUACCUCGGGUUACAUAUGCUUCAGGUUACAGACUCCGCUAAUCCAGAAAUAUUACCCUCGGGUUAAGAACUUUGCUUCAGGAUAAGAACAGAAAUCAUGCAGCGGCGGCGCAGCGGCAGCAGGAGGCCCCAUUAGCUAAAGUGGUGCUUCAGGUUAAGAACAGUUUCAGGUCAAGAACUGACCUCCAGAACAAAUUAAGUUCUUAACCCGAGGUACCACUGUACAUUGCAAUAAGCAGAUUUCUCAUUCUGUGUAUUUCUCUUCCCUGUUUCUCCUGAAGACUAUGAUUGCUUUUGAUAUGGAUGGCAAAGUGAGAAAGCCGAAGUUUGAGCUCGAUAGUGAGCAAGUUCGGUACGAGCACAGGUUUGCCCCUUUCAACAGUGUCAUCACGCCACCACCCGUACACUAUUUGCAGUUCAAGGUGAGCCACAAGAACAUUACAGGACGUGUGUUUAUUAUAUGGUUUAGUUUCCCUUCCUCUUGGAUCUUUACCAGUUUGAUGGGUUUCCCUCCAUUGUAAUGGAGGCAGGCAACACUCUGUUCAGUAAGCAGGGCACACCCCAAGGUUCCUUCUUUAUUUGCCUGCCUACGUUGGGGAGAAUGCCAUAGUUAAAACCAAAGCACACGAAAUAAAAAGCCAUUUCCCAAGUGUUCAUUAGUUGCAAAGCAUUAAAUCUUUUUAAAUUAUUUAAUAGAUCGCCUUUUAUCCAAUUACAAAAUUAUACAAGGAAGAACUAGGGAGUAAAUGUGUAGAUACUAUUUUGCUUCAUUCUGCUGUCACCUCUGUGCCUCUAAAGCGUAGCCUCAUUCAAAAGAAGGCUCUUUCUGGGGGAUUUUGGCUGUUCUUAAAGGAUGCUUAUUUUUCUGAUAUUUAGGAAAUGUCUGACCUAAACAAAUACAGUCCCCCACCUCAGUCCUCUGAUCUCUACAUGGCUGCUAGCAAACACUUUCAGCAAGCUAAAAUGAUCCUGGAAAAUAUCCCUAACCCAGACCAUGAGGUGAGAUCCUUUCUAACAUAUUGCUAAGAAUUGGCUGUAUAAAUUGCUGGCACUUGAUUGGGGUGUUUUUUAAACAGAGAACAUUUAACGUUGCUUCAGUUACAGAAUUGGAAUUAUCUUGGUAUACAAAUAGUAUUGAAGUUUGCAAAAUACAUUCAGUGUCCCCAACUCUGCUAGUAUAUAUCCUUAUUAGCAUCAAAUGUAUCUGCCAUGCCCUAAAAUACCUGAAGUCUGUUUGAGUUUAUGGCGGAUGGAGAUUCCUCUUUUAGGUUUCCCUUCAGCUGACAAAUGGAUUGUAGGAUCUGCUUUGAACUAACAAAAGUACCUUUUCUUCUUGCCCCAUCUUCCAAAAUCUUAUAUCCAAGUCUAUAGAGUAGCAGCUGCAGCUGUUUUGGUUUUGCUGAUGACAGGUCUUGAUGAGGUUCCAUGUUUUGAAACUCAUUUUACAGAAGUCCCCUUCCUCUUAAAUUCAGCAAUGGUUUGCUGAUCUACUCCUAUUCCUGAAUUGGAGGAUAAAGAUUCUGUUGGCCUUACUGUUCAGUCGUGGUGCUCAGCUCUCUUCAGACUUCCUUUUUUUUAGAUGGCCGUUUCUACAUGUGCUUAUGGAUUUCUUUGAGCCCUGACAGUCAAAUGAGGUGUUGAUUAGCUAGCUGUUUUAGGACAAUCAGCUGUACUUUAUUCACUGCCUUCACAACUUAAGUUCACUUUGGGAUUUGGGUUAGAGGAUCAACUCAUCUCCCCAUGUGUUUGUUGAAUGAAUGAAUGAAUGAGGGUUUGUUUUUCGUUUUUUAAGUGCUUUUCCUUUAAAAGCUAUUUGCCAUAUUCUAACACAUUAGGUACAUUUCAGCCCCACUGACUUCAGUUUGACGUUAGUAUGCAUUCAAAUUUUAACUGCAUUUAAAUCAGUUUCACUUAAUAAUAUAACUUGAAAGCAGAGUGUUGGUGUUUGCAUCAAGUUUUGCUGCUUUUUAAAUAAUACAAAAAACGAAUACAGUAAACACUGCAAGUACCAUUUUAUUGUGAAUUCAGUUCUUCUUUUUUCUGUCUGUGAACUAUAUCAAACUUUAAUAUUUCUGUUUAGGUCAACAGAAUUCUUAAAGUUGCUAAGCCCAAUAUUGUGGUCAUGAAGCUGCUGGCAGGAGGUCACAAAAAGGAUUCUAAAGUAAGCAGAUUGUUGCUAAAUUAAUAUCACUGCUUUUGAAACAUUGCAUUGGACUAUGAGAAGGGGUAGAUGUAUUGCAAAUAUGUCACAUGCUAGUGGGCCAUGAUUAAAGAGUAUAUUUUUAAUGGCACACUCGAGAAUUGGUGCAUAGUUUCAGUUAAAAAGGCAGAUAACAAACUAUAUUGGUGGGGCAUGUUGCUGUAACUACUUAAUAGUAUAAUAUUUAAUACAUUUAUUCUAAAAGACAUAGUGCUAUGUUGUAAUACAGUGGUACCUCGGGUUACAUACGCUUCAGGUUACAUACGCUUCAGAUUACAGACUCUGCUAACCCAGAAAUAGUGCUUCAGGUUAAGAACUUUGCUUCAGGAUGGGAACAGAAAUCUUGCUCCGGCGGCGUGGCAGCAGCAGGAGGCCCCAUUAACUAAAGUGGUGCUUCAGGUUAAGAACAGUUUCAGGUUAAGUACAGAGCUCUGGAACGAAUUAAGUACUUAACCCGAGGUACCACUGUACCUUAAAAGUCUUGGUUGGGCUGCAGCCCUUUACCAAAAUACUUGAGAAUAAGCCCCAUUGAACUUCAUGUCCUGAUUCGUACAUAACACCAACCCACCAGUUUUGGGGGUGGCGCUGUGGGUUAAACCACAGAGCCUAGGACAUGCCGAUCAGAAGGUUGGCAGUUCGAAUCCCCGUGACGGGGUGAGCUCCCAUUGCUCAGCUCCUGCCAACCUAGCAGUUUGAAAGCAUGUCAAAGUGCAAGUAGAUAAAUAGGUACCGCUCCGGCGGGAAGGUAAACGGCGUUUCCGUGCGCUGCUCUGGUUUGCUAGAAGCGGCUUAGUCAUGCUGGCCACAUGACCCAGAAGCUGUACACUGGCUCCCUCGGCCAAUAAAGCAAGAUGAGUGCCGCAACCAGAGUCAUCCGUGACUGGACCUAAUGGUCAAGGGUCCCUUUACCUUUACUUUCCUAAGUGAACACACCCGAUCUCCACUUCCCAGACUAGUGUGCAGAUUGGAAUGUAGUUCUCUGUAGGAAUCUCAGACCGUAUUUUUAUGAAGUGGUUGAGGGCUGAUUUCAGUGCUUUUUGUUCUUUUAAAAGUUACUAGCUGCCCUGCACAGCUCAAAAACAUAGCUCCCACCACUCAGGGUGAAAAUAAAGCUGUCAUUGGAGUGGCAAGUCAUGAGGAUAAGACAUCCCUCCCAGAGACUUGUAUAGAGGAAAGAAUGGCUUUUUUCCAUGCAUUGUCCUUGAAAGCCUCCCAGGAUCAUGGUAUGAGUGAAAAUGACAGCUCCAUAGCUGUCAACGUUUCCCUUUUUUUUAAAGGGAAAUUCCCUUAUUCUGAAUAGGAUUCCUCACAAGAAAAGGGAAAAGUUGACAGCUAUGGACAGCUCAGUGGGUUUAUCAUAAGCUGCUUUCCCAGAGCCAGUUUCGACACCAUUUUCAAAAUGUGUGGCAGGAGCUGCGCUUUAGUCACUCCAGGCAGUUUGCGCCUAUGAAAUGGGAAAAAAUAAAGUCAUCCCUUGUAUUGCAAGUACUUUGAAGACCCCCAAAGCAAACCCUAACCCUCCCAAAAAAUCAGUCUGCACACACUCAGGAUGUAUUCAAAAGGCACAUGAAAUGGAUAAAGACUGGCCCAUCCAUCCCUAGUCCAAUAUAGUGCACUUGGCAGUGUAUCUAAUUUUUGCAUAAGUUCUGUAUGGUUUGUGUCUGGAAGAGAUGGUAAAGAGUGCUUUGUCUCACCUUUUUGCUGUUCAUCUUCAGGGUUUUCUCACUCUUGGAAUCCAAAAUGCUUAAUUAAGGAGUCAUUUGGACAUGCUUUAAAGUAUCUUUCAAUGCUUUUUCUUCUAGGUUCCGCCAGAAUUUGACUUCUCGCCUCACAGAUACUUCCCAGUAGUGAAGCUUAUUUGAGGCAAAGGAUUAGAAGAACAAACAAUCUAUAAUAUGUACAACAGAGCUGCUUUGGUAGGCUCUUUUAUACUGUGCUCAAAAGGGACAUGAUUCACUUGGACAAAAGUACCGUUGUAUUGGGAGUAGCUUUAUUUUGGCUUCCACACAGCUUGAGUGACAACUGCAGUUUUAAAGUGGUUUGUGUAACGUUUUACCAUUGGACCUGAUUUUAACAACUUCACUGUUAAAGCAUUGUAUGUUUCGGUUUUACUUCAGUUUUACCCAUAAAUCAUUUUUAUGAAUGGCUUUUGAAUAUUUGUAAGCAUUUCAGAACACACUUGCCCACUUCAAAAGUACACUGCAGUAAGGGAGCGGCUAUAUUUUGAUGACUAAAAAGCAGAACUCUCCUCUGAAGGAACACCAGUAGGCUCUGCAGAUGUGCUGCAUGUUUUUAUUAGACCACAUAUGAAAUGUUCUUAACUUACACACACACACAAAAGUGUAUUGGAGUUUUGCUAAGAAAUAAUUUGGAAGGCAUAUCCUUUUAGAGUGCAAAAUCUUCAAAAGAAGGGGGUGAAAUUUCUGGCCACUGGUUGAGUAUUCUAGACAGAUGUCUUUGGAUUUAAUUGCUGAGAGUUUGCAUUCAGGACUUGACAUUAUUUGGCAAGCCUCUAUAUAUACAUGGUUAUAUAUACAUGGUUGCACCUUCCUCUCCACUUGUUUUAAAGGCUGCCCUAUACCAAGUUAUUUCCGUAAAUUGUAAGCCUUAAAAUGAUUUGGACCACUUUUAUUUGGUUAGCUAAAUGUUCUGUGCACUGUUUUCAUAUUUUAGUUUUUGAAGCAUAAUACAGUUGAGGGUUUGGGAUUUUUUUUGUUUACACAUUUGAAGUAUCAGCUAAACAGCUAUAAACAGCACCAUUAAAGGUAAGGAUAUGUCUAUGCAAAUAAAGAGCCAGCUAGUUUCAUGGAAUGUUCUGUAGAAUACAUGUUUCCUUCUUCAUAGCUUAAAUAGGAGACCUAAAAUCUAGACACACUGUAUAGUACAUUUUGUUUCCCCUUGAAGUAUGUUUUACUUGGAAUAAGACACUAUCAACCAGGCUAUUUGGGUUUUUUUACUCUUUAAUUUAAUUCACCAUUGAUCGAAAUAGGUUUUCAUUUCACAAAGACUAGGCUGUUUUAUUGACGUAAUCAAAAUCAGCUACGUAAUGGCAUAUCUAAUUGGUUAGCCUUGUGCUUAUGCCACAAGUGGAAGGUAAUUGCAAAAGAAGGGAGGCCAUUUUUGUUAUUACCACCAAGGAUCCCCAAGAGAGUUUUGGAAGGUUAGGGGAUUCGCCAGAGAUUUUCAAUAGCUGGAAGAGGGGAUAGGAUUUGGGUGGGGGUAUCUACUCCCUGCCUCAAAAGUGCUUGUGCAAGAGCACCAACUGGAUAGAACCGUUAGUUGGUAAACAUGAAAAAAGAUUAUGGAGCAACAAACUUGUACCACAUUUACUAUGUGCCUGUUAUUUUUAAGGGUCACCACUACGGUCAAGGAUGAAUUUCAACAGGUAUAAAGUUCUGACCCUAUACUGAUUCCACUUCAGUACCAUGCUCUUUCCUAUUCGUGUGAUAAGAUUAGAGUACUGAGCUUUGUUUUACAUUAAGAUACUUCAUAAGAAAUAGUCGAUAUUAUCUGAGGCUUGUAGAUUCAUCAUCUCCAUGUUUUCAAGUUGCAAUAAGAUCAUAAAUCAUGCUCUUGGCUACUACUAUGGGCGAAUAUUUCAGUGUUUAAAAACUGGUUUAUAGAGUAUAACCCUAGGAUAUCUUCUUUCUGGCGGAAAUUGCUAUGGAAAACAAGUACAAAAUCCAGUACUGAUUGGGAAGAACUGUCUUUCUUUGAUAGCUAGAGAAAACAAUGGCAUUUCUAAAGUUUAAGAAAUUCCAGUUUUGGUAGCUAGACAACUUGUAUUUGGGGGCUUUUUUGUCACAGUUCAAGGAGAACCAGAAGAACAGGUAUAGAUUCAAUUUUUUUAAAAAAAGACUUCCUCCUGAAAUGUUUUCAUGGCACACUUCAUAGGAAUAGUAAGAACAUUACAUCAGGAGACAAGUUAAUAAGGUCAGAAAAUAUUUAAAUAAACCCUAAUUGAUCCGCUUCAGUCUAACAUUUCAAGCCUUGAAGGUUUCAAGCCUUGUCUCAGUGUCUGUGGUUGUUUCCUGCAACAACUCAUUAUUCACAACCUCUGUUGAUGUUCUUCGCCAGGCUUAAAUAAGUGGUUUUGCAUGUUGGGAUCUUCAAGUUUCUGGACUGAAAAGAAGAAAUUUUAUGAAAUUCUAAAUACAUAGAGUUCGGUUAAUUAAAUAUUUAAUCACAGAAUAGUUACACAUAAACAUUAUGCCUGUCUAUUGGUCAUCGUGCAAAAUUUACAUAUUUUCAACUGACAGUUUUUCACAACAUAAUGGCAGCUGUCAGCAUGACCUCCCAUGUUGCUAAAUUAGAACAAAGUUCACUAAAUACCCAGUUUAAAAAUGUUUUAAAUGUCACUGAACUAAUGAAAAAUCUGACUGAUCACUGUGCAAAAUAGUUUUAAGGUAUUCUAGAAUAUCUUUGAGAACUAUGACCUUCAGAACAGAAAAUGCACCACUUACCAUUAAAGUUACUUUGGUUGUCAACAAGAGCAGCUUGCUUAUCUGUUUCAGAUUCCGCCUCGUUCAUUUCUAAAUUGUAGUCCACUACGUUAUCCUGGUUUGCUGUUUUGAUUCCAAAUUCACCUGCAAAGACAAGUCAGAAUAAUUCUUUUUAUGAAUCUUAUUGAAUAUAAAAGUUGUCUUUUACUG